AUGAAAACUCCAGAGUUUAGUUUAGAUUCUUUAAAAAAUAACAGGAAGAAAAAGAACAAGAAGUUGAACUAUGAAAAUUGGAGUGCACAUUAUUUUUUAAAGUUGCCUAUAUUUGUAAUAUUGAUGAUUGUAUUUUCUUUAAAUGCCUUUAUAUAUUUAUUGAUUCGUUUUUUUAUAUAUUUUUUUGAAAAUACAUCCUUUUGGAUGAUAACAAAAUGUAAAGAUUUUAAUUUUUUCGUUCGAAAGAAGAAAAAUGCAGAUACAUCAUCUUCAUCGAAUAAUAAUAAUAAUAAUAAGAAGAAGAACAACAAAUGUGAGAAUGAACAACCCAUAGUUUAUAAAAAUGAAAAGGAUGAUAGUAUAUUUCAUAUAGAGCGUUUAAUGAAUACAUGUAAUAAUUAUGAUGAUUAUAUAAAAUAUGCAUAUAGUAUGGAUGUGUUAACUGGAAAAACAGUUCAUAUAAAUGAAAAUGACGAUUAUAUUAAUAUUUAUGAUGUACAUUUAUUAAAAAAAACAUCUGAAAGUAUACAAAUUAAUUUAUUAAAUAAAGAUAUUUUAUUACUUCUAGAAGAUAUAAAGAUAGCUACUUCACCAAGAAUAAAAGGAAUAUUUCAAGAAAAAUAUUAUUGUAAAACUUAUUCAAUACCUCAUUUGAUUGUAACAGAAUUUAUUAAUAAUGUAAUGAAUGGAUUAAAUUUUUUAGAAAAUUAUAUAGAACAACAAAAGCAAAUGAAUAUCAAUUAUAAGUUCUCAGAUGAAUAUCUAGUUAUCAAAAAAUAUUUUAAAGAUAUAUUUAGACAAUGGGGGAAUACUGCAUUGUUUUUAAGUGGCGGGGCCAUUUUAGGUCUACAUCAUUUUGGAGUCUUAGAAGUGUUUUUAAAAUCUUCAAUAAAUGCGGAUUAUUUUAAUGACUACGCUAAGAAACUUACAAUGGAGCAAACAAAGGAAGAAAAGUUAUCUCGCAGUAGCUACACAAAUGAUGUUAGUAAUGAUAAUAAUAAGAAGGAUAUAUAUAAGGAUUGUCAAGAUGAAAACAAAAGAAAUAUUAUAUCAAGCAGUAACAAUAGUAGGGAGAAAAAAGUUUCACUAGAGGAUUUUGACAAAAAAAAAAAAAAAUAUAUGAAUAAUAUGAAACAAGAAAUAAAGGAAAAUAUAAAAAAUGGUCCCAAAAAUAAUUGUGAUGAUUAUAACAACCAGUGUGAUGAUUAUAAUAAUUUUCAUUAUGAUAAUUCUUCAUCUUCUAAUGGUAGUGUCUAUCAUUCUUCCAUAUGCGAUGAAUUUAACCUUUUUUGCACAGAUAGGAUGGUAAAAUUGAAAGAGUAUAAUAAUAUGAAGGAUAAGAAAAAACCAAUAAAGAAAUUGAACACAUUAUGUAAUAAUAUAACUACUUAUAAUGAUAGUUGUAAUAUGAAUAAUAAAAAGGUUCCUAUUAAAGAAGAUGGAGAGGUUGAUUUUCAUAAGAAAGAUAUAAAUAUGAAUCCUAAUGAUUUGAAAGAAAGAAAGAAAAAAAAUAUAUUAUUUGAUAGUCUAAAUAGUUUUUAUAAAUGUUCUGAAGAACCUAAUAAGAAUGAGAAUUUGCCUAUUAGGAAAAAUAAUACAAACGAUUUUGUUGCAAAUUUUGAAGAUAAUAUUUUGCCACAAAUAAUUUGUGGAACAUCUGCUGGUAGUAUUGUUGCAGCUUGGAUUUGUACUAGAACAAAUAACGAAUUGUUAGAUGAAUUUAAUAUAAAUUUUAUUUAUAAUAUCGUUUCUUGUUUUUCUUCAGAAAAUUGGUUUUAUUCAUUUUUUAAUAUUUAUAAAAAAGGGAAUUUUUAUGAUAUCGAUAAAAUUGUUAAACUUAUUUAUAAUUUAUAUGGUGAUAUGACAUUUCUUGAAGCUUUUAUAAAAACAAAUUUAGUUUUAAAUAUUACAGUUACUAGAGCAGAAUGUGAAAAUAAUAAUUUUAGUUGUGAUGAAGAUGGACAUAUAGUACUAAAUUAUAUGAACUCUCCAAAUGUUUUAAUUUAUACGGCAGUUUUGGCUAGCUGCUCUUUUCCAUAUUUAUUACAACCUUUCAAAUUGUUAGAGAAAAAAUAUAACAAAGAAAAUGUUUAUAGAUUUAUGUCGAUAAAGGAAUUAAAUAAUAGCAAACUUAUUUUGAAUAGUAAUACUUUAUAUAAAAAUCGAAUUCUCUUAAAAGAAGAUUCAGACGGAUUAGCUCUAUCAAGGAGUUUAGAAAGUUCAGAUAUUAAAAGUGAAAAAACAUGUAAUAAUGCUGAUACUUGGAAAAAUAAUUAUAGUAAUAAUAAUCAUUAUUAUAAUAGUAAUAUCAAUUUGGAUGAUGAACAUAAAAAUUUAAAUGAACCACAACCAUCCAUUUUAAAUAAUGUACAUAAUUAUGAAAAUAAAAAUUCUUCAUGUGCAACCAUUGAUACUUGCAUGAAGGAAGAAUAUAUUUUAAGUAAAACCAUUUUGGAAAAUGAAUUUAUUAAUAAACCAAUUAAUAAUAAAAUGAAUAAGGAUUAUAUACAUAAUAAUGGAGAUGUCGAAUUUGUAGGAAACAAAAAUGAUCAUAUUUUAAAAAAUAAUGAUAAUGAAAUGGUAGUAGCUAGCUUUUUUGUAUCAAAUAAUGACCUGAACAGUUCAGGAGAAAAGUUAAAAAAAAAAAAAAAAAACAAUAACAACAAUAAUAAUAACAAUAAUAAUAACAACAAUAAUAAUAAUAACAAUAAUAAUAAUAAUAUAAAUUUUCCAGAUCAAUUACAUAUUCAUAAGGGAGAUAAAAAUGAUUUGAUUGCUUUGAAAGAAGAUAAGAAUAAAAAGGAUAAGAUUAAUAAUAAUGAGAUGAAUGAUUAUAAUAAAUAUGAUGAUAAUGGUGAUGUGGAUUAUGAUGAUUUGGAAGAAGAAGAUAUAUGUAUAAAUCAAGUAUUAAGAAAUGAAAUUGGUGAUGGUGUUAUAUUGGAUAAAGAAAAAAUAAAGAAGAGAAAAAAAAAUAAUAAAGAUAUGGCAAGUAUAGAAAAAAAGGGAACUGAAAUAACAGAUAGUUGGGAGAAUGAAAAUAUGUUAAUUGAAAAAACAUAUGAAAAUGGUAAUUCGAGUAAAAAAUAUAUAGAUAUUAAUGAAUAUAGGAAUAUAAAUUUAUUGAAUGAAGAGUAUACUAUAAUAAAUAGUGUACAAUUUAAAAAUAUGUAUUUUCAUGAUGGUUCAUUGAAAAGUGAUAUACCUGCACAUAAUUUAAAUCAGAUAUUAUCAGUCAAAUAUAAAAUUGUUUCUCAAGUUAAUCCACACGUAUUUCCAUUUACUGGAGUACGUGUUCAUGGUGAGGCUGGUAAGCCAGUCAAAUGGAGAGGAAGUUCUGGCAAUUGGAGAGCAGGUUUUUUAAUGUCAUCUAUGGAAAUCUUAUUUAAAGAAAAUAUGAGAUAUAUAUUAAGACUAAUGGCUUUACUUGAUUUAUCUCCAACCAUAAGAGGAUUAAAUGCUGGAUCGAUAGCUAUGCAGAAUUAUAAUGGAGAUAUAACGUUACAUCCGAAGAGACUUUAUUUAAAACAUUUUAAAUUAAUUAGUGUUUCUAAUUAUGACGAUGUUGAAUGGUAUAUACAAGAAGGUAGACAAAUGACUUUUCAAAAAUUGCCAUUAAUUUUGAACAGAAUGAAAAUUGAAAAGAAAUUGAUAAAAAUGAAAAAAUGUUUUUUUUAA